AUGGGGAGACUAUUUGUGAGGUAUCUUGAAGGCAAAACUUACAAUUGCAAAUUCUGCAAUACCCAACUUGGCCAUGCUGAUUCACUUGUUUCCAAGGCUUUUCAUUGCAGCAGUGGAAGAGCAUACCUGUUCAAUAAUGUGGUAAAUAUAACUUUUGGACAGAGCGAGGAGAGGACGAUGCUUCCUGGAACGCACACUGUGACGGAUAUAUUUUGUUGUCGCUGUGGGCAGAUUCUUGGCUGGAAAUAUGAGAAAACCCAUGAGGAAAGCCAGAAGUACAAAGAAGGGAAAUUUGUCCUUGGAAGAGUCAGGAUUAUUGAUGGUGAAUUUGAUUCUGAAUUCUACAUUGAUACUCGUUCAAGCUCAAGUGAUGAUGAAGAUACAAUGUAA